CAAGUGGCUGGUCAAACUUGAAACAAUUAAAAUAUCAGAGUAGUUAAAUGACAGCUAGCAACAUAUUAAAAUAUACGUAUCAAACUUCUUUCUGGCAGCAGUUGCAGCCAACUUGAUUUAAAUUUCUCCCAUAUGCCUUUUUUAAAUAAGAGGAAACAGCAAAGGGGACAGCGACCUUAUAUGCCUGGUGCAUGUAUUGCUGUAACACCAGAUUCAAGAAGGACAAAACGAGAAAAGUUCAAAAACUGGGGGAUUUCCUCAUACAGGAAGUUAACCUGCGUUUAAGUCUGAGAAAGGAAGUGCAGUGGCUUCGAAAUGAGCUUCUGUACAUGCAGUCUUUCCUCAAAGAUGCAGAAGAAAAGCAAGUUGGAGAUCAUAGAGUUCAACUAUGGGUGGCUGAUAUCAACUCUGUUGCUAAUGACGCUGUCGGUAUACUAGAGACUUAUAGCUUUGAGGCUAGUAAAGGCGAUGACGAUGGAUUUGCUAGUCGUCUCAAGGCUUGUGCUUGCAUCUGUAGGAAGGAGGCCAAAUUCUACGAUAUCAGCAAGGAGAUCCAAUCCCUCAAGCAGCGAGUCGUGGAUAUCUCUCGCAGACGAGAGACUUAUGGUAUUAGAAAUAUCGAUAAUAUUGCAGGAGAAGGGCCAAGUAAUCGACCAAACAAUCGGUCUGCCAUGGUUAGAACACUGAGGAGAACUACCUCCUAUGUGGAUGAUCAAGAUCAGAUUUUUGUUGGCUUUCAGGAUGUUGUAAAAAGAUUGCUAGCUGAACUUCUCAAAGCAGAGCCUCACCGAAGCGCCAUCUCCAUUUAUGGCAUGGGCGGGUUAGGCAAGACUACUCUUGCGAGAAACCUCUACAAUAGUCCUGAUAUAGUUUCUAGCUUCCCAACACGGGCUUGGAUAUGUGUUUCUCAAGAGUACAAUACUAUGGAUCUUCUUAUGAGUAUCAUAAAAUCUAUCCAAGGACGCACCAAGGAAGAUCUAGAUUUGUUGGAAAAGAUGACUGAAAUAGAUCUAGAAUGUCACCUUCGUGAUCUAUUAAAAGAACGCAAAUACCUUGUGGUGGUCGAUGAUUUAUGGCAUACAGAAGCUUGGAAAAGUCUGAAAAGAGCAUUCCCGGAUAGCAAGAAUGGCAGCAGAGUCAUUAUUACCACGCGGAAGGAGGAAGUUGCCGAAAGAGCAGAUAACAAAGGUUUUGUCCAUAAACUCCGUUACCUUGACCAAGAAGAGAGUUGGGACCUCUUUUGCAAGAAACUACUCGAUGUUCGGGUAAUGGUCCCAACAAUGGAAAGGCUAGCUAAGGAUAUGGUGGACAAGUGUAAAGGCUUACCUCUUGCAAUUGUUGUAUUAAGUGGACUACUUUCGCAUAAAAAGGGACUAGAACAAUGGCAAAAGGUGAAGGACCACCUUUGGAAGAAUAUUAAAAGGGACUCUGAAAAGGACUCUGUUCCUAUCUCCAACAUACUCUCAUUGAGCUACAAUGAUUUGCCAACUGAGCUCAAAAAGUGUUUUCUUUACUUCGGUAUUUUCCCAGAAGAUCAUGUGAUCCCUGCGGAAGACAUAACGCGGUUGUGGCUGGCGGAGGGAUUCAUACCAAGAGAAGAAGAAAGAAUGGAGGAUGUCGCUGAAGACUUCCUGAAUGAGCUGAUAAGACGAAGCUUGGUUCAAGUAGCACGUACAUUUUGGGAAGAAGUUACUGAAUGCAGGAUUCAUGAUCUACUUCGGGAUCUUGCUGUAGAAAAGGCAUCGGAGGAAAAAUUCUUUGGCAUUUAUGAUCAAAGAAAUCACCCCAUAUCCGCCUUAUGUCUCAGACAUGUCAUUCAUGGUCAAGCACAAAGGUACCUCUCACUUGAUCUUUCUAACUUGAAGUUAAGAUCAGUUUUGUUCUUCGAUAGAGAUUUUUAUAAGUUAAGUCUUAUAAAGUUCCGUAAUCAGUUCCAACAUAUAUAUGUGUUGUACUUGGAUUCUCGUGGUGGCAAUACAUCUAAAUUACCUGAUGCCAUAGGAAGUUUGUACCACCUUAAGUUCUUAAGAUUGAGAGGUAUCCGUGUUCUUCCCUCCUCCAUAGGCAACCUCAAGAAUUUACAGACACUUGAUGUCCAAAACAACUUAGACCGAUGGCAACUACCCCCGGAGACAGCUGACCUAGUAAAUCUAAGACAUUUACUUGCUCCAUAUUCAAAACCUCUGAAACAUAUAAACAAACUCACAAGUCUUCAAGUUCUUCAAAGCAUUCGUUGUGAUCAGUGGAAAGAUGUUGACCCAGUUGACUUAGUCAAUGUUCGAGAAUUAAGCAUGUAUUAUAUUAAGAAAUCUUACUCCCUAAACAACAUCAGCAGCUUGCAAAACCUUAGCAACCUCGAAUUGUGGUGUGAUGAAUCAUUGCCAGCCCUAGAAUUUCUUAGUUCUUGUCAAAAGCUCCAGAAAUUGAGGUUAGAAGGGAGAAUAGAAAAACUGCCGCCGUCAAACCCAUUUCCAAAUUCAAUCACAAUGAUGAUCCUUUCUAGCUCAUACCUCAUGGAAGAUCCGAUGCCUAUUCUGGGAAUGUUGCCAAACCUAAGGUAUCUCGAAUUAUUAUGGAAAGCUUAUUCAGGAGAAGAAAUUACCUGCAGUGAUAACAGCUUCAGUCAACUGGAGUUCCUUCGUCUUUUUGAUCUUGUGAACCUAGAAAGAUGGGAUUUAGGCACAAGUGCAAUGCCUCUGAUUAAAGGUCUGAGUAUCAAUCACUGUCCAAUGCUAAAGGAGAUUCCAGAGAGAAUGAAAGACGUGGAGAGGUCGGAGAUGUCUGAUUUAUCAGCUUAG